AUAGGGUCAACAUUCUUCCAGAGACAGUGUAAGCGUAUUUAACUGAUUCACAAUCACGUUUUUUCGAUAUUCAUUUGACAGUUCAGCGCGCGUUAAUUCACUUGAGAAGAAGUGGGCGUACAGGAAACGGAAGUGCGUCAUAUUUCAUCCAGCGUUUAGUUGUGUAUUUUCUCUGGAAGCCAGUUAUAUGAAAACUUCUAUUAUGCUCUAUUGCAUUGCAAAACGUUUAGAUAUUUAUUUGUGUGCAUAUUUUAGUGAGUGAGCUGCACUAAUAAUGCCGAUGUUACCCUGUCCGGGUUUCUGAGUGACACGACAGCGUUGGAUUAUAUUUUUACUGCAUGAAAAUUUAACGUUAGCUAUCACCAGUCAAAAUGGCGGACAACGACGAAGAGUGCAAUAACAUGUCAAACGAUACAGUAGCUCCAGACUCGCAAGUUCAGCCUGUGUCUGUGGUGACAGUCGGCGAGGGGUCGACUGAGUCCCUUACUAAUUUAGGCAGCCAUGUCGCGGUGAGUAACCAAUGCGUUAUUGCAGCGAAUGCUGCUGGAGAGGCUACCGAUACGGAGGGCUUAGCUGAUUUUCUCCACAGUGCAGAAGACCCAUCCAAGGGGGAUAAGGACUGUGGUCAAGCGGUCACCCAGUUCGCGGGCAGUGAUGGCUUGACUGAACAGAAUGUUGCAACGUCCUUCGUGACUAAAACGGAGGAUUCAGAGUCAGCGGUUACAGCCGACGUUGAAAGCGUGGCGGUCACUACAGAUAUGGUAAACACUAUAACGCCAACCACCACUAUAAUUUACGUCCAACCCGAUGGUAGCUUAGUGGAGGGCUCUGGAUUGACAGCGGAGGAACAGAAGCAGUUGGUCGAGCAGCUCGCUAAACAGCAGCUCGUGCAGGUGUCAGAGAGUGAAGCUGCACGCAUAUUAGAGCAGAGCCAGCAGGCUCCCAAACCGUUACCUGUCGCUCCACAGCAUCACCCAGCUGGUUCCUUGGUACCAGUUGACCUUCAGCAAGUGAUCGAUCACGUCAACAAAUCACCACAGACCGUUGUGCAGUUGCAGCCGACUCAUGUGAUUUCCCCUACGAAAGUACUACCGAGAGUCGUAAACGAGCAACCCACGUCUUACAUUACUCUUGAUGGCAGCCUGUUAACUGCAGGGCAAGUUACUGGGCAAGUUGUGACAGCGCGCCCCCAGUCCCUGACCAUCAUUCAGAACGCUUCGCAGCAGCUGCAGACCGUGGCCAAGCACGUAGCUCUCCAGCAGUCCCAGAAUGGCACCCGCAUCAUCCAACAAAAGCCUAUGGAAACCAUCACCAUGCAGGUGCAGGUGCCCCAGAAAGCAGAUGGCACCAGCAAGGAGCCACAGACGGUCACUUUCCUCCACCCCAAGCCCGUGGCGAUGGCCCCCAUGCCGGGGAAAGUCGGCGUGGUCACCACUACAGCCUCCGUGGUGGGCAGCCACCCACAGGUCAUUCACAUCACACCCUUGGCGGGCCACGGUCAGCAGCAGUACAUCCUGCAGAACCCCGGCGAGCCGCCCAUUCAGCUGCUCCUGCAGCAGCCCGGCCCCGUGGUCACCACCACCAGCGCCACUGCCCCCGUGCUCCACAAGCCCCUGGUCCAGAUCCCCAUCGCCGGCACGCCGGUGCGCCCGUCUCCUGCCUCCAAGGUCCUCACCCCCGUGGUGGCUGUGUCCGCGGCUUCUGUGGUCACCACGGCCCCGGCUACGGUGACCAAGCCCUCUCCACCAUCCAGUACCGCCACUAAAGCAGCCACUAAAGCAGCCAUCGCAUCACCUACACCUGCUGUGCAGCAGCCACCAAAACCAGCUGCUGCUGUAGUGCGAGCCUCUGCUGGGGCCCCAACACCAUCCACCACCCCUGCAGCGCCGCCCGGGAAGGACAAGGACAAAGAGAAGGAGAAGGAGAAGGAGAGGCCGCGGGGACGCAAGCGCGUCAAGAAGCCCCAGAAGAUCCAGACGCGCUCGGGCCGGGUGUCGCGGCCGCCCAAGCACAAGGCGCGCGACUACAAGUUCAUCAAGAUGGAGGACCUGGCCGACAGCCACCAGUCCGACUCAGACGACUACUCGGAGAUGAGCGUGGAGGACGAGGACGAGGAACGCUCCAAGAGAAAGAAGCACGAUGCGGAUCAUGCCAGCCUCAAUGUGGCGUCCAAAGGCCACAAGUGCGACAAGUGUGACAAGUCCUACGUGGGGCUGGGAGGACUGGCCAGACACUACAAACUCAACCCCUCUCAUGGCACUGCCCCCGAUAUUGCCCAGCCCAGCCAGGCCGCGGGCAGUACUGCCACUGACCCUGGGACUGAAGACAAAUCUGAAACUGCAGUCAAGGUGGAGGUGGAGGGCGGUAAGCAGCAGCAGCAGUACAGGGGCCCUGGGAGGCCCAGAGGGCCGGGCAGACCGGGAAGACCCCUGGGACGGCCUCCCAAGAAGGGCCGGCCCGGUCGACCCCCCCGGGUCCCGGCACCAAACCUCGCCGAGCAGCAAGCGCAGAGACGGAAGGCCAAGCUGAAAGAGGUGCUGGAUCAGUGUGAUGAAGAAGACCUGGUUGAUGUUGUGGUUCCUCACCUCUCAAGCGUCAUGACCACCUGGGAGUUUAUUCUGAUGAAGGUGGAGAGGGGCCGGAACACCAAGCCCCAGUUCGCAGAUGUCUACCGGGAGUUUGAGCAGCUCCACAGCCAGGUGAAGAAGAUGGCGCAGCACCACCCCCCUGGGCAGCCCUUGGAAGUGCGCAACAUGGAGGUAUUGAGGUCCCUUGGCAUCACAGAUCGUCCCGCUCAGGCAAAGCCUCUGGUCUCCUCCCCGACAUUAUCACCCAGCACCUCCACAGCAUCAGAGGGCAUGGCCAGCAAGAACAUCAGACACAUGGAGAACACUAAAAUGCUGCCACCUGCCAAACGGUUCAAAAUGGAGAACCGCUGUGGAGACACGAAUGGCUUCCAGAUCAGCAUGAACGGUCUUCAGAAGACACAGACGGAUGAGAACUGCAAAAAAGAGGACACUGCUGUGCCGGUUUCCACCACAGCACCACUGAAGGAGCCCCAGUCUCAGCCGCCUCCCACAGUGCAGCCCAUGGAAACUGAGAGCAGCGGCGGCGGUCAGAAGAACCCGCUGGUGCUGCCCGGGCUGAUGGCCGAUUCUUCGGGCGGUGAGCUAUCGGAGCUCUCCCAGGACGAGGGUGGCGGGGUUGCUGUCGUGGAUGUUGCCCAGCAGAUGCAGGAGCUGGAGCAGGCGCUGGAACGCUCGGAGCCCACAAAGGCCACCCAGAGCCAAGGAGACCCAGCAGGAGGGUGGUGGUGGUGGUGGUGGUGGUGGUGUGCGACAGGCUCAGGAACAGGCCUCACCCCAGGUGCAGCAACCCCCGCCGCCACUGUCCUCACAGGGAACGGUGACCACCAAUGUCGUCACUAGCACAGCCUCCACUACACGCGCGGCAGUGACCGCUCAGGGUGGCACCGGCGCUACAGAGAAUGUACAGGCUCUGCCAGUCACUGAGACGGCUGGCACCCAAAAAGGAGGCAGCAUAGAUGCAUCUGUUGCUGGAGUACAGGACCACUGAGUUGACCACACAUGGGUGCAUAAGUUACAUGCAGUCAUACCAUAUCCCAUCCCUUUGCCGUUUGACCUAAUGUGUCUGAGGAUUUCAAGCGAGCGGGACUUACCCCCCUCCCUCCCACUUCUCCUGUGGCAAAUCAGCCGUCCUUCCAAGUGCAAAUCGCAUUUUCCAAAAGAAUACAGUUCUGUUCGCUUUCAGUUUAGACCAGUUCAGUAUAGAUUGAUUUAAGCUCCAGAGAUCUUUAAAGAUGAAUGUUUCACGAGGUACACCAGCAAAUAUAAACUCAGUGUUGAUUGAUUGGUUACAGAUAAUCUUUUUUUUGCAUAUUCAAGGGAAACAUUAAGCUGUGAAAUGGUUGUUAAUUGUUAAAAGACACAUUUCUUAGACUUUCAUCAUUAAAAAAAGAGAUGUGUAAGAGUUAUGGGAAUCGAAGUUUGAAGUGGGAUUGUUCCGUUUGGACACGAGUUGCACAAGAAGCCUCCAGAUACAAUGGGGUGGGGAGGAAAAAUAAAUAAAUAAAUCAAACGAAUCCUUUGAAAAACUUUAAUUUAAUCUUCAGGUGUGUAGCGUUGUAGGACUCCCUGACGUGUAUUGUACUGGUUUGAGCUUUGUGUUCCCUAACCUUCCAUUUCAGUUGAGGUUUGAGAGUAUGUGGAUGCGUGUGUGCGUGCAGGUGUGUGUGAAUGUAUGUAUGCGCAUGAGUAAGCUUGAAGCAGAGAGCACACAAAUUGAAAUUUGACUGGUCACCUCUGCAGUGUAUUAUAGUUUUCUUUCUAUGUUGUUUUCUUAAAUACAUUGUUUUGUAAGCAUGUUUACCCCCUCCCCUUGAAAACAAUAGGAGCUCUCUUCUGUGUUUCUGUUCCUUUGUAUAGAUUUGUAGCUCUUUGUUGACUACAGUUGUCUGUGACCUGUUUAUAUGUAGAUAAGUGUCCCGUUUGAAGGCAGUCUUUGAAGUUGUUGCACUAUUUUAUUACUUUUUUAAUAUAAAUAUUCCACUGUCAUGUGUUUUUGUUUUCUUUUCAAUCAUAAUAUGUUUGAAAAAUAUCAAGUGGGACAUAAUGUUGAAGGGGAAAAUUAAACAUUGUCUCCAGAAACUCAA